GUGAUGUAAAUUAAAAGUUGUGUUAUUUCGCAUUUAAAACAAUGUGUGUUGUCAUCCAUUAUCAUCAAAAGUACUUGCAAUCAUAUUCACUCUGAGAAAUAAUUCACUUGCUGCGAGAAAACAACAGAAAAAUCACCAAUUUAUAGAUACUAUAUAGAAUACACACACGUUUCUACUAUUCGUUGUUACACAAGAAAAGCCAAUAGAAUUCAAUUCAGAAUAGAGUUGUUGUUGUUCUUGUCGUUGUUGUCAAAUCGGUAUUAUGAGCAUUUGGAGUGUACGAUGUUUGUGUCACAAGUUCUGUCGGCAGGCGCACAUUUUGGCCCACAGACGCGUCAUCAGCCCGCCAACCAAAACAGCACAGCGUCUCCAGCUGGCGCUCCUCAACAGCGGCAGCGCGCGGCAGGCACACAACAGUUUAUAUCAAAUGGUAAAGAAACGCACUCUCGAAGCGCGCACAAAAUUACAAGCAAAUAAGUAUCCAAAUCAUAAUGCCUGCAUGCGAGUACCCAAAGCGGUUGAGUUUGUGCCCGAAGUGGACGAUGAGGUUGCUCAGAGUUCAGUUACUAAGCUACACCACAGCAGCGAAGUUCAAGCGCAGCAUGGCCAGAGUUAUAAUACCUUUCAAGAUCCCCACUUCCGAUUGGGCUAUGCUGACACACGUUCACACUCCACGGCCCAGGAUGUGCUCAAAUCAUCGCAGUGCGAGAAGCCAUCGGAGCCUGUUAGUAAAGAUGUCUGCAAAGAGACGCCCGUAGAUCCCUGCGAGGAAUUCAAUCGUUUGCGUCGCGAAACUGCUGCCGAAAUGUUUGGCAGUGGCGGCGACUGUGCAGGUGGAGCAGGAGGUGGUGGCGGUGGGGAUGAUGACAAGAAGGCAGCCGAGGAGCGUUACAAACAGCUGAAGCUAAAGUGCCUUGUGGGUGCACUAGGAGCACUGCUCGCUGGUGGCUUUAUUGCUUGGCUGUUGUCGCGCGAUUCCAAGAAAACGAUUGUCGACGAAAGCGGCGAAAUCAUCGACAAUUCAGAAGAGGCGCUCAAACGUGCCAAGAUCUCUGGCCUCAUAACUACACCUCGCAGCUCGGACAAGUUGCCAUCGUCGGUUCCAUAUUUGAUCAUUGGCGGCGGCACAGCUGCCUUCUCCGCGUUUCGUGCCAUCAAAUCGAACGAUGCACGCGCCAAGGUGCUGAUGAUAAGCAAUGAAUUCCGUAAGCCUUAUAUGCGACCACCACUCUCCAAGGAACUGUGGUACACACCCAAUCCCAACGAGGAUCCCAUCAAAGACUAUCGCUUCAAGCAAUGGACUGGCUCCGAGCGCAGCCUCUACUUUGAGCCGGAAGAGUUCUUCGUGGAUCCCGAGAAGUUGGAGAGCAGUGCAAAUGGAGGCAUUGCCGUUGCCCAAGGAUUCGCCGUGAAGAAAGUCGAUGCACAGAAUCGCAUUGUCACGCUCAACGAUGGCUAUCAAAUUGGCUACGAGGUGUGCCUAAUUGCCACCGGAGCUCAGCCAAAGAAUCUGCCCGUUUUUCGCAAUGCUCCUCCCAGUGUGCGCGAGAAAGUGAUGGUCUAUCGCACACCCGAAGACUUUGAUCGACUGCGUCGCUAUGCGCGCGAGAAGCGUUCGAUUACCAUUGUGGGUAAUGGUUUUGUGGGCAGCGAGCUGGCGUGUUCGCUCGCCCACUAUUCCAAGGAGAAUGGCGGGGGACGAGUGUAUCAGGUGUUCCAGGAGAAGGGCAACAUGUCCAAGGUGCUGCCCAACUAUCUGAGCAAUUGGACCACACGCAAAAUGGAGGCGCAAGGUGUCUGCGUUAUACCCGACGCCAGCAUCAAGUCUGCAAAUCGUGAUGACACCCAAUUGAGGCUGGAACUUAACAAUGGCAUGACGCUGCUGUCGGACAUUGUGGUGGUCUGUGUGGGUUGCACACCCAACACAUCGAUGGCUGGUCCCUCCAAGCUAGAAGUGGAUCGCAGCUUGGGCGGUUUUGUGGUCAAUGCCGAGCUGGAGGCACGUCGUAACUUGUAUGUAGCUGGUGAUGCAUCAUGCUUCUAUGAUCCAUUAUUGGGUCGACGACGAGUGGAGCAUCACGAUCAUUCGGUGGUCUCUGGACGCUUGGCAGGCGAGAAUAUGACCGGCGCAAAGAAACCAUAUCAACAUCAGAGCAUGUUCUGGUCGGAUUUGGGUCCCGAGAUUGGUUACGAAGGCAUUGGCUUGGUCGACUCCUCGCUGCCCACUGUGGGCGUCUUUGCGCUACCCAGUGAUGGAGAUAAACGUGCUGACACUCAUAAUGAAGUGUCCGCCGAUUCGAAAACAACAGAUACUGUGAUCAAGGAGGGCAGCACCGGGGCCGAUGUCACCUGUGAUCCCAAUGAGGAGGCCAACUACGGCAAGGGCGUUAUCUUCUAUCUGAAGAAUGACAAAAUUGUGGGCAUUCUGCUGUGGAAUCUAUUCAAUCGCAUUGGUCUCGCACGCACGAUCAUCAAUCAGAACAAGACCUACGACGAUCUGAAUGAGGUCGCCAAGCUGUUUGAGAUUCACACGUAGUGUGGCCAUUGCACAUGGAGAUGGACAUGGAGAGAACGAAGUAAUACCCUAUUUGCUAUUACUAUUGACUACUGAUGCAAUCAUCCCAAAACGUUUCAAGCCAACCAGAUGAUGUAUGUAAUAUAUGUACAGCGAGAAAAGCCACGACCAGCUGGAGAUAUAGAGAGAGGCAACAGAAAUUUAGUGUUAAUUUUAUUAUUUUGGUACAAAUUGUUGUUUUUAGUGUAGAAGGACAACGCACACAGACACAGCGGAACUACAUCUAUGGCACGUUGAACUUCGAUGAUUAUAAGAAGCAAUAUUUGAUUAAAUCGCACGUCACUAUAUUAA